AUGGGUAUUAUUUCUAAGACCUUGAAAGGUUUCGCCGGCCAAGUGGAGGCCGAGCCGGCUCCGCCUCCUCCAGCCUAUACGCCAUUGGCAACGAACUCGGUUGACCAGCCCUCGCAACAAGAUUCAGCCCAUUCAAUGCCCCCGCAGGCGGAAUACAUGUACCAGAAUUAUACACAGCCUGUGCAAUAUCAGAAUCAGGCUCCAUGCCCACCUCAGCAGGGGAACGCGCAAUAUACCUCACCUACCAACUACCAAACUAAAUACCAAAAUAUUGCAAACCGAUACCGGGAUAAGUAUGAAAAUCAGUACCACAGUGGAAAAUACCAGAAGUAUGAAGAUCAAUACCAGAACGGCCAGUACCAGAAGUACCAAGAUCAAUACGAGAGUGGGAAAUACCAAAAGUACCAGGACCAAUAUCAGAAUGGGCAGUACCAGCGACACCAACAGAAAUACCAAAAUUACCCAUAUCAACAGCAUAUCCCACAGCAAAGCCAGUAUUAUCCUCCACCACAGCCACCUCUCCAAGCUCCACCGAUGCAGGGUCUGAACCCAUGUGUUAUUCCCCGUAAGAGCACUGUUCCCAGCAUGCACAUACACGUGCCCCAAUUCAGCACUAACCCCCACUACCCAAGAACCGAGAGAACAAACGUACUCGGCGGAUCCUACACGAGCCCCUUCGUUCGCGCCCACGUUCCAGAGCUCGAAUGCCAGACCGCCAUAUCCCCACCCGAGCUCUUAGCGUUUAUCGACGGCCUGAAUGAGGCAUUCGUCCCCUUAGGAGCGCUUGCGACAACAGACGGGUCCAUCGCCCGUACAAAGAGCUACAUGAGAAUGGCAAAUGCAACAAUCUUCAAGCCAAAGGACCUCCGUGUACAGAUUAAUGGGAGGCACAUAUUAGUCCAAAUUGGGAGGCUGUUAAAUUAG